GUACACAGUGUGUCACGCACACAAGCGUGGAAGCUGAUCCAUGCGCUUAUUGACUACGUCAUCAUUUGGAAUAAUUGGCUCAUUUCCAGGCAGAACAUCACUUCACGUAUCUUUGAACAAAAUUUCAAACCGUUAUUUUUGGAGCGUUAAUUGGUCAAUUUUACAUUCAUGAGCGCGCGUGUGAGCGAAUCGCGUGUUUAAAACCAAAAAGAGGAGGAGGAUUAUGGAGAGUGUGUUUUUAUUAUUUUUGUUUUUAGAGUUUGUUCAAGGAGCCCAUGUCGACCGGUAUGGCAACUCCAACAGGCUUCAGCCGUCCAUGCCAAAUGUUUGCAUGGAGCAGGAGAUGAUGCUGGUCGCCCAGAGGCAGCCGUGCGUGCAGGCUUUCACACGCAUGGUCAAAGUGUGGAAGCAAGGCUGCGUGGGACAGUCGUGGUGUUUAGGAUAUGAGAGGAGGACGGCGUACUACACCGCAUACAGACAAAUGUACCGACAGGAUCAAAACACAGUCUACAAGUGCUGCUCCGGAUGGUCUCAACUCAAUGGUGAAGCCGGUUGCCUUUAUCCUGUGUGCAGCUACGGCGUGUGCUUCAACGGGGGCCAGUGUCGAGAGGGAUCAACCCAGCUCUGCCAGUGUCCUGCGGGUUUUAACGGGCCCAGCUGCCAGUAUGAUGUGAACGAAUGCGAGGAGUCCAAUGGCGGAUGCGAAGCUCUGUGCUAUAACACCAUUGGAAGUUUCUACUGCCGCUGUCCUGCUGGACUCAAACUGAGCCAAGAUGGCAAAACUUGUCAAGGUUAG